GGUCAGUGUUGCACUAUUAAAAUAUUCUUUUUUCAUUUCGAUUGAAGAAUCUGUUUUCUCAAUAUAUACAUGUAGAUAUGAACAAUAUCUUGAUGAUGCAAAAAAAUGUGGCAUUAGAAAAAAAUCAGUUGAAAAAUAAUUUGCUAUUUAGAUUUCCAGUUUAUGGAAAUGCAAUCGAAGCUGCUGAAAACAUCUUCAAGUUAUUGAAUCGAAAACCAGCAAUUGAUAAUGAAUCAAAUAAUGGUGUUAAAAUUAGAUAUGAAACAAAUUGUGGUGCAAAAGGAACUCAAUUAUCAGGUGGACAAAAACAAAGAAUUGCAAUUGCUCGAGCAUUACUUCGAAAUCCAAAGAUUUUAUUAUUUGAUGAAGCCACAAGUGCAUUAGAUAGUGAAAAUGAAAAGAUAGUUCAAGCUGCAUUAGAUCAUGCUCAACAAACUUGA